GUCUUUUUGAAAUCUUUUUCAACGGAAAUAAAAAUUGUUGUCAUACUAAUGAAGAAUUAUUAUAGUCAUUAUAAACCAUAUAAUUUUUCACAUUUUUCGUAUCUUCUAACUUCAUUUCUACUUGCAGUCAACAUCUUUUAACAAUAUUCGAAUUGAAUGACAUUCAAAAUUAUCACUUAUUGAAAAUAUUGGAAUAAUGAAUUUUCCGCUGUAACACAUGGCACUUUUUCCCAAUAAACGUGAAGUACUAUAUUCGAGAUAUCUACUCCUAAGCAAUUUUCAAAGACGUAAGCCAAGUCCCCUCUAUAAUAUAAAAAAACAGAUAGAUCAAAAUUGUCUUUUUGGGAGAGAACUUACUUUGAAAAUACACUUCAUUAUUCUCAUGCAAUUAUUGAUUUGAUCUAUAUUAGUUGACUAAACAACAACUGAAGUUCAAGGGUACUCAGAAAUAUUUUAAAUCUGAUUUUGGUACAGAUGAUCAUGUUGAGUUUUUCAUCUCAAUCAAGUAGUAACAUUAUUAACAAUAUAGAGAAUGGAUCAAAUACUGUAUUGUCAAUAAAUACUACUGUACUCAUAAAAACAAAUAACCAAUCAACUAAGUCUUCUAAAUCUAUGGCUAACACGACCGAUUCACUUGAAUGGGCACGUAUACAGUUUACUAUACUACCUGUUCUAUCCUUACUUAUAGGAUGCAUAGGAAUAAUUGGAAACUGUUUAAAUUUUCUUGUUUUACAUGCUUAUCCAACGUCUCAAGUGACAUUUGGAGGUGAAUGUACAGCACGUGUAAAUUUACUUGGUCUAGCAUUGGCUGAUUUUCUUGUUUGUUUAACAUCUUUACCAUUGGGCUAUGUUCAACGACGUUAUACAAGUCAUAAUUUUAUGCUUUAUUACACUAUUUAUGGCCCUGGGCUUGUGACAUAUUUUCUAACCGUUAGUGUUUGGAUGGUAUUACUAAUGAGUAUUGUACGCUACCUGGUAGUUUGUCGACCUUUAGCCUCUCGUGCAUGUCUUACAUCACGUCAUAUGUUACAUAUUAUUACUCUGUUGUAUUUGCUGGCAUUGCUUUUUCAUAUCCCAUCAUUUUUAACAUAUACAUAUAGUGAAGAAAAGGUUAGUCAUAAAAGACUGUUAAAUUCAACAAUACAACAAUCAGAACAACAAACUCAUCGAAGGAGUUAUCCAACAAAUACAAGCAGAACACAUUUUAACAAAACCGAAAAACAUAAUCCAGUGACAAUAUUUGUUAUCGAACGUGAGAUCUGGAAGACUGAAAGUAUACGAAUAGCAUAUACUGUUAGUCAAAUAAUCUUGACAAAUAUCGGCCCAUUUAUUGGUGUAGUUAUAACUAAUGUCUCGGUGAUUAGAGCGUGUCGUCAAAGUGACGCAUGCAGAAAAUCAUAUACAUAUGAUUCCCAUAAAACAUUUGAAAAAUGUAAUAAUAAUAAUGUGACUCAGGAACACUCUAGCACACAAACAAAAAUACAAAAACGUUAUCUUCAUUAUUUUCAAAGAGAUUCGAAUAAUACACACCAACAACAUGUGGGUACUGGUAGCUGGCGUACGAACUCACAAGGCAAAUCAUCAGCUCAGCGUUUACAACAAAGAGCCACAAAUCGUGUCACUCCAUUACUACUUGCAGUUAUCAUAGCAUUUCUACUGUUCACUGCACCAUUCGGUAUUGUACAUUUUGCUUGUCUCCAAGUAAUGAGCGAAAUGGGUUCCCUUGUUCGCCAUGACAGAAAUGCUCGUAUACUAUAUAUGACAUUAAAUUUAACAGUAGAAUGGACUAAUGUGGUUCAAUUGCUGGGAUGCGCAUCAAACUUUUUCCUCUACUUUCUAGUUUCUACAACGUUUCGUCGUACGACUAAACGUCUUUCCCAACGUUUUUAUAGAAAUGUACGUGAGUAUAAAUGUCCGAACAUCUUAAAAAUGCUAUGCUCAGAUUCAAAAGAUUCUUCAUGGAAUUCAGAUACAAGAACAAAUGAGCUACGUAGGAAAUUAGCUGAUAAUUUAGAUAAACAAUUUCAUCCUCAAGUCGUUCCAACUUCUAACUGCCAACAUAACGAAAAUCAAUGUAAACUUGGUCACACUUCCAACAACAAUAACAAUCAAAUUAUUAUUUACAAUAAUAAUAAUAGUAAUGAAAAUGAUAAACGGGUUCGGAAUUCAGUAAAGCUACAAUUUUGUCGUUUAAAUCGUAAACGUUCAAAGAGUACGCAAAGUCAAACACUGAACACUAAAUCUCCUAACAUCAUUAAUCCUUUGUGUUGUAUCAAUGAUGAUUUUCUUGGUAUACAUACAAGUCCAAUUCCAUGUAUCAAUUCAUCAAUUUCAGAUAAAAUAUCUUGUAGCUGUGUUGGUUUUCAUGAAGCUCAUUAUAAAUAUCUAAUGAACACAUCCAUUUUGGCUAGUUCCUUAAGAGGGUUAGCAAUCUGUCCCGAAUGUGCACAUGUUGUUGGAGGUUAUGCUUCAUUACCAGAAAGUAAAUCAUGUUUAUUAAAACCUUGUAGUAGUACAAACAGUAAAAACAAUACUCAUUGUUUGAAUAAUACAACAACAAAUACAUCAGAAACCCUAGGAAUAAUACCAUUAGUUUCUGAUAAGCGAAAUAUUUAUAAACACUAUGGAAAUCUAAAUUAUUCAGUAAACAAUGUUAAUAAAAUUACUAUCGAGAAUGAUAACAUGAAUAGUGAACGAACAAAUAACUCUUAUAGUUUACCUGUUCAAAGUGCAUCAAACUGAAAAUUAGAAUAAAAUUAAAUCAUCAUCAAUAUACAUUCACUAUUAGAUUUAUGAGUAUAUUUUACAACUAGUUUUGUUGUUAAUAGUAAUAAGGCACUAAAUAUAGAAUACCAAUCUAUUUUUUGAGAUUAAACUGUUUUAUUAAUGUUUUUUUCUUUUUUUAUUAUUGAAAAGUGAUUUAAUUAUUUACCAUUGUUAAAACAACUGUUGAAUAAAUAACGACUUUAACAUACUACAACACUGAUAGGUAUAUACAUAAAUAAUUGUAAAAUUGUAAAACAAACUAUCUGUACGGAAAAAAACACAGAAAAAAAUUAACUUCGUUAUAUCUUCAUCUCAUUUAUUAGCUAUGUGUUUAACUUUAUUGAACCAUUUCCAGAUAACAAACAAAGAUGAUGACUUCCUUACCUGUGCUCAAUUCGUAUUUGCAUAAUACUAAUAAUAAUAAUAAUAAUAAUAAUAAUAAUAAUAAUAAUAAUAAUAACAAUAAUAUGCCGUUCCAUUGUAUAUUCUGUAUUAUUCAUAAAUCUGGAAUUAUAAAACUUUUUUUUCGAAAACGAUUGCCUAUUUUAUCUUGAGGUUGAACUUGCCUGUUUGGAACUAAACAUGGUCACAUACUUAUAGGUAUUUCUUUUAAUUUGAAGAUAGUAUCAAGGAAUGAUUUAAAAUUAAAGAAAAUUUAUUACAAAUUAUAAUUCAGUGUAUUAUCGUUUUAUGAUUAUUUGAGAAAAAUAAUUUCAUAUGAGAUUGAGCUCACAAUCUAACGUCUCUAGUAUUUCCCAUUCCUCAUGAAGCGGAAUACAGUGGACCAUAUUUGACAGAUUUAAUUAACUGGACUACAAUGCUACUAACAUCCGAUGUCAUUGUUUUAUAUUUAUCUGACUUUGUUGGUUUCAGCGGUGACAUUUCCGUUAUAUAAAUUUCAGGGAUUCAUCCCAAGGCUAUUAGCUGAAGCAGCUCGUGUUUAGAUAGAUCCAAUGAACAUUGAAGCUCACUAUGCACUAUUUUUAUCCUCAUCAACCAGAAAUAUGAUGCAAAAUGGUAAAUUAUGAUUCAUUAUGUGUUAACAGACUCUGAUUUUUGAGGGUUUAUAGUAAAUAUUUUUUCCUAACAAAAUAUCUACCAUCUAAAUUUUCCUGGAACAGAAUCUUUCACUUGAAUUGUAAUUCAUCAUCAUGGAAAAUCAUAUGCUUUAUUCAGCUUUACGUUAUCUAAAAAACUUAAAAUAUUUUACUAUGGUUUCAGUCUUGUUUCCAGCUAAUUGUUGAGGUUGUCUUGAAAUAUUUUCACUUUCUAAUGUUUUAUGAACGAAUAACAUUCAUGGUGCAUGCUUCCUUUUAUCCACUGUUUAAUACAGAACUGUUAAGCUGUGUACAAAUUAUUUAUUAUUUUUCAUCAAUUCAGAGUCGGUAUAGUUUUACAGAAGAUAAUAUAUUAAAGUUAGUUACAUUUAA